AUGGGAUUCAAUCUCAUUGAGUUUCUACUAUUGAGUAUAUGUGGGAGUGAAAAGCAAGGGAACUUGGUUAAUUCCCAGGCUUUGAAAAUUCCAUUCCCGUGGUUGGUCUUUAAUGAGAAGAUCAAAGUGAACUUUAUUUUUCUCCUGGAUACGACUGUUGUUUCCGAUUUCGUCCUGCUACUAUUUGGUGGAAGCAUCUCAAAAGGUGAUUUAGAUGGGCACUUGAAAAUGUUGGGAGGAUACUUGGAGUUCUUCAUGGAACCUUCAUUGGCUGAACUGUAUCACAACUUAAGAAAAGAUCUCAAUGAGUUAUUCAAGUAUAAACUGAUGAAAGACCAUCACCAUUGUAAGCUUAAGAAGAGUAAACAUGGUAUCCUUAUCUCAGUUGCAGUCAAGCUUCCAAGGCCAAUUCAGUUGCUGAGACAUUUUCUGAAUUCAAACACCUUCUUUCUUGUGUAUAAGUUCUAA